CACAGGAAACGACUACACUUCUGAUUGGGUGAUAGAGGAGCCCUCGCAUACAGGGACAGAAUUUUCGCUCACUGUUUGCAGAUGUGUUUACUAUAAAUACAUGAAAACUGAACCACUAUCGUAAAUUGCAACACCAUUCAAAGGAUCAAAAUGGGAACCUUGCAAGAACCCAGUGCUUUGACAGCCAGACUGCAGAACACUCUCAUGUCUUACCAUAGCCUGGAUGAGAAUGAGUGGAGGGUAGCCAAGAAAUCGAAAGAUGUCACGGUAUGGAGAAAGUCAUCAGAGGAGUUUCGUGGCUAUCUGUAUAAAGCCCAGGGUGUGGUCGACGAUAACCCCAAUAGAAUAGUGGAUUACAUACGCCCUGGGCCUUAUCGAUUAGACUGGGAUAGUUUGAUGACAGCAAUGGACAUAAUAGAAACCCUUGAUCAGGGCUGUUGUGUGAUGAGGUACACUACUGCAGGCCAGCUGUGGAACAUCAUAGCUCCCAGAGAGUUUAUUGAUUUCUCCUACACCACAGACUACCAGGAUGGACUAUUGUCCUGCGGUAUCAGUGUGGAGCAUGAGGAGCAGCACCAGAGUUAUGUCCGGGGCUUCAACCACCCAUGUGGCUGGUUCUGUGUGCCCACCUCAGAUAGCACCACCACCCCAGCCCAGAGCCUCCUGACAGGGUACAUUCAGACAGACCUCCGGGGUAUGAUCCCCCAGUCUGCCGUGGACACAGCCAUGGCCAGCACCCUCAUCAACUUCUACACUGACCUGCGCAGGGCUCUGAAGAAGGCCUAACCAGUACUAGCCCGGUUGCCAGAUUGGUUUAUGCUUUAGCCAACUCUGUCAUAUUUGUUGUUAUACUGAAUGUAUGGGAUCGCAAGGGAUGUAAGAGGGGUUGGCUAAAACACGUUCAAAUCUGGCGACUAGGCUAAACCAGUACAUCCUAACAGCACUCCUUUUUCAAUACACCGGUCGAUUGAUCAGUCAGUCUAUACUCCACCCUCAUAGAGGGCUAUAGAGAUCCAACUCCAAUUCACACCAACUCAGGGCAGGAUCCAGUUUAGGUUGAAACAGGGUAGGAGUUAAAGGACAUGGUCUGACCUGGUCUGCUGCUCACUGGACUUUGGAGUUGUGACGUGUUAUUUGUCUGCCCUUUAAAUCAUUAUAUAAUACUGAAAAUUGCUACGAGAUUAAGGUAGUACACAAAUACUGAAGCACUUGAUCAAAGUCGAUGUUUGCCUUUUUUGUUGAUCUUUUUUGCUGAUUUCGGACAAACAUCGAACAUACCCAACAAAUUAAAUCGUUGGUGGUAGAUAGAUUAAAAAAAUAUAGGUAGACAGACAGCCAAUACAAUCAAUCCAAUGUUGCUUUUAGUUGAAGUUACAUGUGAAAGUGUUUGCAGGACUACACAUUGGAAUUUGACUGGUGUGUCACACCCUGAUCUGUUUCACCUGUCCUUGUGCUUGUCUCCACCCCCCUCCAGGUGUCACCCAUCUUCGCUAUUAUCCCUGUGUAUUUAUACCUGUGUUCUCUGUCUGUUUGUUGCCAGUUGGUCUUGUUAGUUCAAGUUUAUCAGCGGUUUUCCUGGCAGCGCCUAUCGUUUCCCAGGCUCUCUUUCCUCGUCAUCCUGGUUUUUGACCUUUGCCUGUCUUGACCCUUUACCCGCCCGUCUGACCUCUCUGCCUAAGCCUGCCUGCCGUCCUGUACCUUUGCUCCUACUCUGGAUUACUGAACUCUGCCUGACCCUGAGCCUGCCUGCCGUCCUGUACCUUUGCUCCACCUCCCUGAUAUGGUGCUAAUAUAACUUGUUGAUGUCCAUCAAAUAUCUUCAACAAUAGCUACCGAUAACAGUAUCCAGCCAGACGUGCAUCUAUCUGUUUACGUUUUUAUAAUAAUGAUUAACUGUAACUCUUUGGACUAUAAUAGUAGAUAUCAGACACUGAUUUGACAUUCAUCCCAAAUAUUCCUCGGUGAGGAAAUAACAAAUGUCACUGCCAGACAAAAUCCAUGAUAAAAAGAACUACAACAAUAUGAGUAGGAAAGCAUGGUACUGUACACUAAAAGCCUCAUGUAAAAGAGUUUGCAAAACCUUUUUGAAUGAUUAUAACCAGCUCAAUAUCAAGUACAGCAUAUUAUGUACACUGUAGAUUGAUGCAUUCUUUCCAAUUUCAUGUGUGUUUUUAUUUGUAUCCCUUCUUGCCCUUCUUAAAUGAUUGUUCUGUAAUGUAACAGAAGGAAGAAAUUGGAUGCCACACAUACCUUUUUUGAUCCUUCACACUUCUCCCUAUUGUUCCUUGCCUUAGGACUAAAUGAACAUGAGAAGACAACUUAACAAUUCUAUACUGAACCAAAAUAUAAAAGCAACAUACAACAAUUUCUAAGAUUUUACUGAGUUACAGUUCAUAUAAGGAAAUUAGUCAAUUGAAAUAUAUUCAUUAGGCCCUAAUCUAUGGAUGUUUUGCUGUUGUUUUAUUUCUCUACCUACCUAUUGUUCACCAAAUACCUUUUUUGCACUUCUGGUUAGAGCCUGUAAUUAAGCAUAUCACUGUAAGGUCUACACCUGUACACCUGUUGUAUUCGGCGCACGUGACAAAUAAACUUUGAUUUGAUUUGAUGGGCCAUGGGUGAGCCUGGGAGAGCAUAGAACCACCCACUUUGGAGCCAGGCUCACCCACUGGGGAAUCAGAAUGAGUUUUCCCCCACAAAAGGGCUUUAUUACAGACACAGUUUCAUCAGCUGUCCUGUUGGCUGGUCUCAGACGAUCCUGCAGGUGAAGAAGCCAGAUAUGGAAGUCCUGGGCUGGCAAGGUUACACUUGGUCUGCGGUUGUGAGGCCAGUUGGACGUACUGCCAAAUUCUCUAAAAUGAUGUUGGAGACGGCUUAUGGUAGAGAAAUUAACAUUUAAUUCUCUGGCAACAGCUCUGGUGGACAUUCAGCAUGUAAGAGACAUCUGUGGCAUUGUGUUGUGUGACAAAACUGCACAUUUUUGAGUGGCCUUUUAUUGUCCCAGCAUAAGGUGCACCUGUGUAAUGAUCAUGCUGUUUAAUCAGCUUCUUCAUAUGCCACACUUGUCAUGUGGAUGUAUUAUAUUGGCCAAGGAGAAAUGCUUACUAAGGGAUUUAAACACAUUUUGACACAAGAUUUGAGAGAAAUAAGCUUUUUGUGUGUCUGUAAAUUUUUAGGGAUCUUUUAUUUCAGCUCAUGAAACAUGAACCAACGCUUUAAAUGUUGCGUUUAUAUUUUUGUUCAGUAUAUUUUCUAAGUUUGAUAAACAAAAAAUAAAAACUAAAAUGAAAGAUAUUCUUUAUAGGACAAGCAGCCCCUAGGCAGAUAUUAGUAGGGUUAUUUAUUUUAAGUUAUUGUUAGAGUUUGUUAAGUUAUUGUAUGCUACUAUAAAGGCUGUAAUAUUUAAUCAGGGUUGGGAUGUAAUGGAUCCCUUAUAGUAUUUAUUUUAUAGUACAAUACUAAAAAAACAUGCUCUGCUUUACCCCUCUUAUCAUUUUGGAAUUCUUCGUACAUUUUCUCAUGUGAUUCAAGAUGUCCUAUGUUAUGUAUAUUAAAGUUAAAGUACGGUC